AUAUACAAAGUUGAUGAAUUACAUCUAUGUUGACAUUCCACUGCUGUGUUGGCUAAAAAGAUCACUGCUGUAUUGGAAGUAAUUGCAGUGCUCCUCUCCGUGGAGAUGACCAAGAUCUACUUAUAUUUACAACGCAAAACGUUCAGCGAGGUUCGAAUACAAGUUCCAUGGGGUUAUAUUUCAGGACGUUGGUAUGGUGACCAAAAUGAAAGGCCUAUUUUAGCUUUGCACGGUUGGCAAGAUAACUGCGGGACAUUUGCCAAAUUGGCGCCACUAAUAGCUCCAUAUCGCAGCCUACUAUGCAUUGAUUUACCCGGCCACGGACAUUCCAGUCAUUUGCCUGCGGGAAUUCUUUACCACAAUAUUGAAUAUGUUCGCGUAAUUUUACGUGUAAUGCAAACCUAUAAAUGGGAAAAAGUCAGCUUAAUGGGUCACUCGAUGGGCGGUUCGGUUUGUUUUCAUUUUGCUGCAUUUUGUCCGGAUCGUGUUGAUAUGGUCAUAAGUUUGGAUAUAAUUAAAAAUGUGUAUUGGCCAACAAGCGUCGUGCCAACAUUAUUGGCACAUGUGACUGAAAAGGCCCUCAGCGAUAAUGAACGACUUUUAAAUGCUUCUGAAAGUUCAGAACCACCAAGUUAUACAUUCAAACAAUGUGAAACUCUUCUUUAUGAGGGUUCCCAAAAGUCAGUCGAGUUGGAAAAUUGCAAAUUUAUUUUAGAACGAAACAUCUCAAAAUCGGAGCUAUAUCCAGACAAGUAUUAUUUUUCAAGAGACGGUCGUGUGAAAUAUUUGCUAGAAUUUAAUCCCAACACUGGAAUGGCUUUAGAAAUGGCAAAACGCAUUUGCAAGAAAACAAUACCUUAUUUAGUAAUCAAAGGUGGAGAGUCCACAAAUCCUAGCGCCAAAGCUAGUGAGCUCGAUGAAUAUAUGUUGGCCAACAAUAAAAACUUUGAGAGUUAUAUGUAUCCUAUGGGAACACAUCAUUUGCAUCUGAACAAUGCAAAACCAGUGGCACAAAAAAUAAUUGGAUUUUUACAAAAACAUGACAACGAAGCAUCUAAAGUCGUUCAAUCUAAAAUUUAAAUUUCUAAUUUACCAUAAUUACGAGUAGUAUUUUUGUAUAUCUUUAUUAAAUAUAUAAGUUUUAACAAUACAUGAAAAAGAUAAAAUAACAUGUACGUACAUAUGUAUAUUGCUCAGAUCAUAUUUUUUGGCAAUUUAAAGUUCGAUUUUGCAGAAAAAUUUAGUAUUGAAAUCGGUAACCAAAGUAAAUAACCUAAUAUAAAAAUUCUUUAUAAAUAUGAUGUCAUUCUACCUUUCUUAAAAAAGGAAAUCUUUGUCACGUAAGGUAGAGGAUCCUUCAUGUGAGAAAUAUUAUGCUUUAACUGCAAAAAACGUCAUUUGUAUAUAAAAUAAGAAUGAAACUUUAUGUAAAUUUGUAAAAUAGAGUAAAUAAAUGGAAAUAUACAUAA